GCGGCGGAGAUGCUCGGCGGGGGGAAGUGACGUGUGACGCACGCUUCGAAGGGGCGGCAGCGGAGCCACAGGCAGCAAGCAGCAGCGGCAGCAGCAGCCUGGGGCGGCACAGCAGCUGCAACGGCGGUGGCUGGGCAAGAUGUUCAGCUGGCUGAACAACGAUGACGGCCGAAAGCGGCACCCCGAACUCUACAACACGGUCGUCGAGGGCCUCAAGAAGAUCUACAAGGCCAAGAUACUGCCGCUCGAGGAGCACUACCUGUUCCACGACUUCCACUCGCCACCUCUCGACGACCCGGACUUCGAGUCGAAGCCCAUGAUCCUGCUCGUCGGCCAGUACUCGACGGGAAAGACCACCUUCAUCCGGUACCUGCUCGAGCGCGACUUCCCGGGCAUCCGGAUCGGGCCCGAGCCGACGACGGACCGGUUCAUCGCCGUCAUGUACGGCGACCAGGAGGGCGUCAUCCCCGGCAACGCGCUCGUCGUCGACCCCAAGAAGCAGUUCCGUCCGCUCGCCAAGUUCGGCAACGCGUUCCUCAACCGCUUCCAGUGCUCCCAGCUAUCGUCGCCCGUGCUGCAGAGCAUGACCAUCAUCGACACGCCGGGCAUCCUCAGCGGCGAGAAGCAGCGCGUCGACCGGGGCUACGACUUCACCGGCGUGCUCGAGUGGUUCGCCGAGCGCGUCGACCGCAUCAUCCUGCUGUUCGACGCGCACAAGCUGGACAUUUCGGACGAGUUCCGGCGCAGCAUCGAGGCGCUGCGCGGCCACGACGACAAGAUCCGCAUCGUGCUCAACAAGGCCGACAUGGUCGACCACCAGCAGCUGAUGCGGGUCUACGGCGCGCUCAUGUGGUCCCUGGGCAAGGUGCUCAACACGCCCGAGGUGGCGCGCGUGUACAUCGGCUCCUUCUGGGACCAGCCGCUGCGCUACGACACCAACCGCAAGCUGUUCGAGGCCGAGGAGCAGGACCUCUUCAACGACAUCCAGGGGCUGCCGCGGAACGCGGCGCUCCGCAAGCUCAACGACCUCAUCAAGCGUGCCAGGCUGGCCAAGGUUCACGCGCACAUCAUCAGCUCGCUGCGCAAGGAGAUGCCGUCCAUGUUCGGCAAGGACAGCAAGAAGAAGGAGCUCAUCAAGGGCCUGGGCAACCUGUACGCCGAGAUCCAGCGCGAGCAGCAGAUCUCGCCGGGCGACUUCCCCGACCUGCGCGAGAUGCAGGAGAAGCUGGCGCAGCACGACUUCACCAAGUUCCACGCGCUCAAGCCGCGGCUCCUGGAGACGGUGGACCGCAUGCUGGCCGAGGACAUCGCCCAGCUGAUGGCCAUGAUACCGCACGAGCAGACCGAGCAGCGGGACGACGCCGUGGUCAAGGGCGGCGCGUUCGACGGCCUAGAACAGAGUCCGUUCGGCUACGGCCGCGGCGAAGGCGUCGACGCCGGCUCCCUGGAACCGGACUGGAUCGUGGCCCGGGAGCGGUUCAAGUACGACGAGCUGUUCAGCUCGCUGGGUCCCGUGGACGGCAAGAUUUCGGGGGCCGCGGCGAAGGGAGAGAUGGUGAAGAGCAAACUGCCCAACUCGGUGCUGGGCAAGGUUUGGAAGCUGUCGGACCUCGACAAGGACGGCAUGCUGGACGCCGACGAGUUCGCGCUCGCGAUGCAUCUGAUCAGCGUGAAGGUGGCGGGACACGAUCUGCCCACGGAGUUGCCCGAACACCUGAUACCCCCGUCGAAGAGGCCCUUCGCGGCCGCUUAGCCCCCUUUGUUUGCAAAAAAGAAAAAAUGCAGGUCGGAAUAAAGAGAAGAGUUGCUAUUCGUGUUAAAAAACGGGGGCCAGCUAGGCGCGCGCGGAUUCUGCUGUGUCGCCGCUUGCGCCGCCUGUCGGCGAUAGCGCGCAAGUUGUCCGGCUGGGAAGCAGCUCGGGAAUGAAAGGGGAAAGGGCGUCGACGUCUUCUCCUGCGGCCUUAGAAAGGUGCGCUCCCUUCUAAACAACCCCCUUUAGCAGGAACGAUGCGUCGCGUUUUGGCGAUGCAAGAUCACGACGUCCGAGUGUUACGCAGCGACCUCUGUUGCCUUUGGGGGGCGCACGUCCUUAACUGCGUGAGCCUUUUGCUGUCUUUUUUUUUUUUUUACUUAAAGAGAAAGGAAAAAGGAGAGAGUUGGCUGUUUAUCUGGCGAUAACUCGAGACGGGUAGUGCCAGUCGGUGCCUAUGCACGUUUGGGUCCAUGUUUUAAAUAAAAAGGUGUAUGUCACGCA